UGCAACACAACUGGAGAAGAUCCAGGGGAGCAGCCGGCGGAGCGCAGCCACCCAGCCGGGGCAUCAGUGGGCAGGGCACGGCUCGCCAUUGCUCUCGCCUCCCUGGCUUGCAUGUGGCGGGGACGGGCAGUGCCAGGCCGAUUGGGGACGGGACAGAGGAGGGGAGGGAGCCCGUGAAGGAGGGGCCUCCGCAAACGCCAUUCAAACCCCGCAGGCGCCACUGCCGCAGCUGGCUGCUCCCGGAUUCCUCCUGCAGAGGCUCGUCCCAAGCAGCCCCUUGGCACCCAUGCUGGUUUCCUCUAAUGCGAUGACUCAGCAGCCCCAGGAUGAAUUUGACACAAGUGUGGAGAAUGCAGAAGCUUGGAUGAAAGCCAUCCAGGAGAGACUGCGGAUCAAUGACAACACCAAGGGACCUCGGUCUGCCCUGGAAGCCAGGCUAAGAGAGACUGAGAAAAUUUGUGCAUUGGAGCCAGAAGGUCGAUUGAAAAUGGAUUUGGUCCUGAUGAAAGCAGAUGCCCUUCUUCGCUGCAUCAGUGAGGAGGAAAAGCAUGAGAUACUAUCCAAACUGAAAGACAUUAAAGCCAUGUGGGAAGAAACAGCCAUCUACAUUACUCAUUGCCACAGCCGUAUCGAAUGGGUGUGGCUGCACUGGAGUGAAUACUUGAAAGCCCAGGAUGAGUUUUACGCCUGGAUUCAUAACAUGAAGGUUACCUUGGAGCCUGACAUAGAGCUGCAGCUCGGUUUAAAGGAGAAGCAAUGGCAGCUGAGCCACUCCCAGGUUCUGCUGAAUGAUGUCCUAAAUCAGUCAGUCCUGCUGGAAAGGCUGCUGGAGGAAGCUGCUUGCUUGUUUAACAGGAUAGGUGACCCGAGUGUCGAUGAGGAUGUCCAGAAGAAGAUGAAGGUGGAAUAUGAAGAAAUAAAGGCAGAAGCUCAGUGCAGAGUGAAAUUGCUUGAAAAGAUAACGAAGGAACAUGAGCAAUACAAGACCAGCGUUGACCAAUUUCAAUCGUGGCUGAAUGGUGUGACUGAAGGAUUGAACUGCUGCAUCGGAGAAACAACAAAGUUGCCAGCAGACAAUGGGCUAAAGACAUUGCAGAACAUUGCCAAAGAUGUCAAGCGUGGUGAAAAGAAAUUGAAAUGCCUGGAGGUUCAGUCUACAGGGGUAAUCCAGAACACCUCCCCCCUAGGAGCUGGGAAGAUGAAGGAUGAGUUGGAGGAGUUGAGGAAAGCCCUGGAGAAGUUGAAACUAAUAUGUGUUGAGGAAGAGGAGAGAAUGCAUAAGAUCCUUAAGUCAGAAAGUGCCUAUCAGUCCCAAGCCAGACAGUUGGAAGCAGAAGUCCAGGAAUUCAGAAAGAUGCUACAAAGACUAGAAGAUGACCUGGAGUCAGGGGAGAAGCCGAAGAGUGAAGAGGACUUAGUAGCUCUGUGGAGAAAAUACAUCGCAACAAGAGCAGCGCUUGCAGCAGAAGAGUCAAAGGUUGAGAGACUGAAGGCUCAGCUUAAGGAAUUGUUCCGGUUUUCACAGAAUAUACAACCACUCUCUGACGGUGUUGUAGCCGCAAUACGGGAAUAUCAAAGGGUCAAGGGAAAGACAUUUAAAAUGAGCACUGGGACUGAAACUGAGCUCAGGCAGAGUUUUCAAAAUCCACUGCGAGAGUUCCAGCUGUGGAAGCCAUCAGCUCAGAGACUUCUGGACUCCACUGCUAACGUUGCUGAGCCCUCCCUGACACAUGCUUUCUUACUUCAGAUUGAGGCAUGCCUGGCUCAGAGCUCCCAGUUCAAGGAGAAGUUGAUGAUGUUACAGCUGAAGAAGGAUUUGCUAAGCAGUAUCUUUGGUGAGGAGAGAGCAAAGUCUCUCCUCGUGGAAGUAACCGAUACGGCAAAGGAGAGAGAAAUUCUACACAAAAGUCUGCUGCAAAGGAGAAGCAGACUGCAGAGUUUGGUAACUCAACAUAAAGACUUUGAUGCAGGCUUUGUGCCUCUGCAGAAGAAGUUAUCUGCUAUCAGAGCCAAAGUAGAUCUAGAGAAUGAACCACAACCUGACCUUUUAGGUAAAGAAACACGACUCCAGAGACUACAGAUGAUCCAAGAAGAGUUGGCAGAGUUUAUAGUUCAAAUGGAAGAGCUGGAGAAUCUAGUUCAAUCUAAUCCCACCCACAGGCAUAAAAUGAACCAGCUUUCAUCUGACUAUCAGAUACUGAAGAGAUCUCUGGAGAUCAUCCUGGCACGGACUGAGAAGCACGUUCGGGAGCAUUGGACGUUCAAUAACAAACUGUCAGACCUUCAGCGGUGGAUCACAAUGACUGAACAGAAGUUGGAAUCCUAUCAGGAUGCCAGUGGGGAAAGGAACACGGAGAGCAAAGUCGCAGACCUGGAGGGGCUGCUAGCUGAAUUCCCAAGUAAAGAGAUCCAGUUGCACCUUGUUGGGGCUCAUGGCCAGCUGGUGAUUGAGAGUUCUUCCCCAGAGGGGGCAGCACAUGUCCAUACUGAAAUGAACCAGCUGACAGAAUCUUUGAGAUCACUCAAAAAAAUGACAAUCAGCCUCCUCAGCAGCAUGCAGCCAAAUACAACAGUGGUUGAUACGGGGAAGAAUAUAACCAUUGUGGGUAAUCCACUGACGACUGGGUUUGCCUUUGGCUCUUCAGCGGUAACUCUCAAGCACGCCCAGGUGAAGGUGAGCAAAGAGGAAGAGAACAGUCACCUCCUUAAACUCAUGAAGGACUUUGAACAGUGGUUACAUGUAGAAAAUGACAAACUGAGCAAGAUUCUUGUCAUGAAACCCUCCAGUUGUGAAGAAGUUAAAGCAAUACACAGCAAGCUAAAGGAGCUGCAGUCUCGUGUUCCUGAGGGGCAACGUCUUUUCGAAGAUCUCCGUAGUCUUCAGACAGUUGUUGGGACCUCUGAAGAUGUGGAGGACCUGCGUUAUCAAUGGAUGCUCUACAAAUCUAAACUCAAAGACUCCACCAGCUCAUUGACUCCUAGAUCUUUGGAAGAACCCGAUGGAUUCAGAAAGAGACGUCCAGGGAGGAUGUGUCCUUUCCUGCACCGUGUGUGCUGGGCAGCACUGCCACUGCAGAUACUCCUGCUGUUCUUGCUGCUCCUGGCGUUUCUGCUCCCCUUGGUGGAGGAGACCCACAGCUGCAAGUUUGCCAACAACUUUGCCCGCUCCUUCAACUUGAUGCUGAGAUACGAAGGCCCUCCUCCAACUUAACUCCUCUACAGGCACAUGGCAAAAAGUGACUGGUUUAGACAUCCAGGCUGCUUUUUCCUGGGUGUCUUGACUAUUGCUAGUCCUUUAAAUCUAGGGCUUCUAACAUGGCCACUAGAUUAACUGGAAACAUCAUCAAAUAAAUGCAGCAUAAGGUUAGUCCAUAUAAAUCAGGUAUUAACAGUUAGAGCUAAAUUAAUAUUUUUACAAUAUUAUAUGAAUAUAUUUAUACUAUGAGUGUAUAUAUAUAUAUAUAUUUUGUGUGUGUGUGUGUAUAUAUAACUAUAAUGAAAAAAAUCUAAACUCCACUGUUUUGGUCUAAUCCUGCAAUGUUUUUGCUUCUGCCUUUGUUCAGCUACGAAUAGCAGGUAUUUUAAAAAACUGAGUUCUUGUUGUUUACAACUGAAAUCAAAGUGAGUGUGAGAAAAUAAGGGAUGUUCUGUGGAAUCAUGUGCUAGGAAAAAUUGUCUCUGAGAGUGAGAUGCAAUGGAAUCAUGUUUAAAUACGCUGUUUAACAUUUAGCCUUACCAAAAGGGGAAGUUUCUAUUUGGGAUCAGUAGCUAGUUUUUCUAUUGCUUGAUUCAGUCACCACUGAUGCCAAUGCAAAAACUGCUAUUGACGUCAGUGGGUGUGAGACCAGGCCCACAGUAUAUUCAAAUGCUCUCUGUGACUGUCUACCAACUUUUUUUUAAUGCUUGUCCUCUGUCACUCCUGAAGUAUGAGAGAUUAACUCGGGCAAGGAAAGCUGAAAAUAAUGGGGCAUUUUUCUAAACCUCACUCUAUAGUGAAAUGAUUUUGGAACCAAAUUGUAAUUUUUAUUUUAUUUUGUGCAGCUACAGUGUACAAAGCUCUGUGUAGCAGUGAACUGUGCAAGAGAGAAAAAUAUGAUCUUGUCCCCCCUUUUUAAACUAUAAAAAUCAUCCACACGAAUGGUUUUUGCACAGAAAUUGCUCUGGGAUGGACCCCAUGAUUUGGACAGUGGGAUGUAGCUUGUCUCGGCCUCAGCAUACACAAUGGUCUCAGCACAGAAAUAUAUUAACAAAUGCAGUCAAUAAACAUGAUUCCUUCCUAGCAGGCGUUAUGGCAGUGGUUUGCUAACAAAACCUGACAUAGUGUAACUGCAUCAAGCACAAUUAUACUACAAGUUUUUAAAAAGUCUGAGGUCCGAGACACUGAGAAUUGUCAUCCUUUUACCUGGUCUUGUGCUUGUUUUCAUCAGCUCUUCUUUUGUAACAGAAAUGUAUGCAUUCAGUGUGCUUUUUAACGUAAAUGCGGUUCACAGCAUUAUUAUGAUGAAACAACCAUUUCCUGGUGGUGUUUUACCUAAUUGGAGCCUGCAUCUUGUCCAAAGGUAGGAAAGGGAAUUGUUUCAAAUACUUUGUGGCACUUCUUUGGUUCACCCCCCUUUUUUUCUGUUCAUUUUUAUCCUCAGAGUCCUACUCGUCAUACUGUCAGUCGAAAAAUCUUAGUUCGUUUCCCCUACCCUGGCUAUUUCUUUGGAUGAAACUUGAAUUCUAGGUGGCAGCAACUGACUUUUUUGUCUCUCGCCAAACAAGUCCCAAAAUAGUAUCAAUUUUAUACUGGAUACGCAUUAUUGUAUACCUGUAGGUGGGACUCACAUUUUUUUGUAUCAUAACACAUACAGGAGGUUAAUUACAUCCUGCCAUAUUCUACUCUGCAUACAAAACUCCAAUUCCCUAAAAUAAAAGGUAGAAGAUGGCCCAUAGUUACAUGUGUUAUAUUAUUUGAUGUAAAUUAUGUACUAACUACAGACCCAAUUCCACUAAGUAUAUUGGUGAUUACAAGAACAGCCAAAGGUCCAUCUAGCCUAGAAUCCUGUCUUUCGACCGUGGCCAAUGCCAGGUGCUUCAGAGGGAAUGAACAGAACAGGAAAUCAUCAAGUGA